AUUUGCCUUUGAACAAAGGUUCAGCUGGGCACUGGAUCUUUUUUCUCCCCGUGAGGCAAUCAGGACGGGGGAAUUUUCCCCAAAGUUUUUGGGAAAGAUUUUUGAGGGCAGGAACUUUCUCCCAGCACUCAUAUAUAUAUAAGAGAGUAACUGCUGGACACAGCAGACCAAAAAGAGGAAGAGAAGCUGGCAGACAUUUGGUUUGCAGAGAGAAAUAGGAUGAAGCCUCCAACUCCACCUCUUCUGAUCGCCUGCCUUGUGAUGUCCCUCAACAGCUACACCCAACAGGUCCCUCAUUGCCUGCCCCUUCCCGGCUCAGAAAAGACGGUUUUUAUCUGCAAUGCUUCAUUGCUCCAUGAAUUUCCCAAAGGCUUCCCCAGUGAAACCAAGACAAUCUCCGUUCAGUCCACCCAGAUCUCCGGCCUUGACGCGGAGGCCCUGCAGGGUCUUCCGGAGCUCCAGGAGCUCUAUCUGACCAACAACCAGUUGAAGACCCUUCCGGGUGGCCUCUUCCGUAACCUCCCACACCUGCACUACCUGGAUCUUUCCAGAAAUCUCCUGGAAGAUCUACCUCCAGCGCUCUUUGCCAAUGCAGGUAACCUGACCUACUUAGCCCUCGGUGGAAACCAACUGGCCAAACUGCGCCCGUCCUGGUUCGAUACCCUGGAGGACCUCAAGAAGCUGCGCCUCGACCACAAUCAGCUGAAGGAGAUCCCGGAUUCUUGCUUCCGUAAGCUGACCCUGCUAACGUCCCUGGAUCUCUCCUCCAACCUCCUCCACUGCCUCUCUCCAGAGAUGUUUAGAGGCCUCACGUUUUUAAGGGUCUUAAGUCUGAAAAACAACCCCAUCCAGUCGAUUUCCCCCAACACCUUCCAUGAGACUCCCAAGCUGAGCAUGAUCUCACUGAGGAACACCAGCCUGACCCAUGUUCCGGCUGGGCUCCUUCAGUCCCUGAAGCAUCUGGGAUGGUUGGAUCUCGCCAGCAAUGAUAUCGUCUCUCUGGAUUCUCCCUUGGUCAACGUGACUUUUGUGCUCACACUCAAUCUCUCCGGGAACCCCUUGGCAUGUGACUGCCGCCUGCAGGCCCUCUUCAACUGGGCCCAGAAAGAUGGAGUGGAUUUGUUCUUCAAGGAGGAUGUGGUCUGCGCUUUCCCCAAACGUUUGAAGGGUCAAGUUGCAACUUCACUUAACGGAUCCCAACUUUGUCCCUGCUAAAGCCUUCAAGACGGAUCUUUUCCCAGCCUGCUCAGCUGGUGUGCUACAAGAUGGAUGGACUUCAACUCCUAGAAUUCCUAGGCCGGCAUGCUUUCAGAUGAUUGGACUUCAAUUCCCAGAAUCCCCCAGCCAUCAUGUAUCGACUUCAACUCCCAGAAUUCCCAAUGAGCCUGCUG